AUGGUGAUGUUGAUUGUGAUGGGUAUUAAUUGGGAACACGUUAGAAAUUGCAUGCAGACUGAGAACUCUGGAUCAAGUAUUAAAUGGGAAGUUGCCAGUCAAGAAGCUCACAAGUUGUUACUCCUGGGAACAUUAGAGAGGUGAAGAUUGUUGUGUUUGGAUUGGACAACUCUGGAAAGUCAACGCUGUUGGCAAACCUAAAUGGAGACUCCACUGAGGAUAUUACACCGACCAUUGGCUUCUCUAGUACCAAGCUCAAUCAGAACGGGUGUGCAGUGACCUUGUAUGAUGUAGGAGGGGGGCCAAGGAUAAGAGGAAUAUGGAAGAACUAUUUCUCUGAAGCAUAUGGGAUCAUCUACGUGGUUGACUCGAGCUCUCCUGAUCGGUUUACAGAGGCUGCAGAUGCCCUUCGUGAGGUUAUGGGCCACGAGAAGAUUGUUGGUAAACCUCUCCUAGUGUUUGCAAACAAAAAGGACGUGACUGAGGCUUGCAGUGAGGCUCAACUAACCAGCAGCAUGGCUCUAGAGGAGAUGGUAACUCAAGAGCAGCUGCAAGUGAUGAAGUGUAUAGCUCUGAAGCAAGCCAGUGGGAACAAGAGUGAUCCAUCACUGCGCAGGGGACUGAGCUGGUUGCUAGGGAGUGUGGUCAGUCGCUAUGAGGAGCUAGGAGAGCGUGUACGAUGUGAUGUGACAGUUCAGAGAGAGAGGGAGGCUACAGAGCGACGGGAGAGAAUGGAGCGGGUCCGCAAGAUGAGGGAGGAGAGAGACAAACUCCAGGCUGCUGAGAGUGAAGAGACUGAGUCAGUGGAUGGUCCUCCAGCCAACCCCUUCAAGCCCAUCUCUGUGGUGGCUGUGGAGGUGGAGCAGAGGGAGGCAGCACGCAAGAGGAUAGCCACUCAAGCACAGUCCACUGCCAGUCAGAACACGCAAGAUGUUGUCAGAGAGGACAGUGUGCAUGCAUCCCCCGGCCCCAGUGGUGUGAGACAGGACAGCCACUCCUCCGUCAGCCAGUCCUCUAGUAGACUAUCUGAUACAGCAUCACUCACUGACGUGACUCCACCCACUGCCCACGGUGGUGAUGGUAGUGGUAGCUCGGAGUCCCUCCAGCUCAUCACUCCCCUACCACAUGAUGGACCACCCUCACAGGGCCUACCACAUGACGGGCCACCCUCUGGAGGCCUGCGGUCAGAGGGAUCACGAUCAGCCUCACCCUCUAUAGCCAAAAGGACACGACUGGAACCCAUCAAGAGUAAGAAAGAGCGGAAACAGAUGCUUAUAACUCGACUAAAGAACAGAAACAAGACAUUCCCGGCCCCCCCACAACCAUCCCCGCUGGCCCACAGGAACACAUGGACAGAGGCCGAGUUGGAACCUGCCCUGUCCACAGAGGACCCACUGGAGGGACUUCCCCCUCUCCCAGUGGUCAGGAGGGUACUGCCACCUAUACACAUGAGGGGAACUGAACUGAAAGCAUUCCACACUGAAGAGGAGCUGACGAUUGUGCCCUCUAGUGCAGUGGAGCAAGUAUCCCACCCUCCCCCUGUCUCUGCAUAGAACACUCAAUAACUGUGUCCUGUUAAUCAUUAAUGUUCAUUAGUGCUCUUAUUUCAUUGUAUUUUUGUGCCCUCAAGAAUGUAUGGCAUUCAGGAUGUUGCUAAGAUUAAAGGAAUGUAAUGAAUGGGUGUGUCCAAUA